AUGGCUGAGAAGGUUACAAUAAUGGUGCUCAAGGUUGAUCUUCAGUGCCCUCACUGCCGCAAGAAGAUCAAGAAAAUUCUCUGCAAAUUCCCUCAAAUUAGAGACCAAACAUAUGAUGAGAAGCACAACACGGUGACAAUCAAGGUGGUAUGCUGCAGCCCAGAGAAGAUUCGUGACAAAUUGUGUUGCAAAGGUGGGAAGACCAUCAAGAGCAUCGACAUCUUACCGCCACUAAAGCCCAAACCACCUGAAAAGCCCAAAGAGACUGAGAAGCCCAAACCACCCGAGAAGCCCAAAGAGACACCCAAAGAGACACCCAAAGGCCCGAGAAGCCCAAAGAGAGACACCAAAGAGCCACCCAAAGCGCCCGCGCCACUAAAACCACAUCCACCACCGAUGCCUGAACCGGUAUCUGCAUAUCCAAUUAGGAUAUGUUGUGGGCCAUGUUCUGAAGGUCGAGAUGGGGGACCAUGUUAUCAUGGGUACGGAGUGCCUCCACCACCACCACCGGGACCAUGUUAUGAUGGAUAUGGGUAUUAUGGGGGUUAUGGUAGGGGUUAUUGUGGGAGUCGUGGUGAUUGUUUUAGUGACGAAAAUCCAUCAGCAUGCACAAUCAUGUAA